AUUACUAGGAGUAAAAUACAGUAAAAAGGAAAGAAACUUGGAAAAGUAGUAAACUCCAUGGCCAGUAGAGGAAUUGAAAACUACUAAGUCAAAAAAGGUGUUGUCCUUCGGGAGUCCUAGGUUUCCGUACAGUACUCUUCGAAAGGGACUCUUCUCAGCCGUCUCUCUGUCUGUCUGUCUGCCUGCUCUUGGAGAGCGUUUCAAUUGGUCUCCUCCAUACAAAACAUGACUACCUCAAAGCGCCUUGCUGAAAGGAAAGUCGAGAAAUUUGAAAAGAACAUCACCAGGAGGGGAUCAACCAAGAAAGGAUCAAAAUACCCAGUUGGCACAAUUAUUCUCGGGCUGUUUGUUUUUGUGGUCGUCGGAUCAUACAUCUUUCAAAUGAUCAGGACAGCAAAAAAUGGUGGGAUAGUCUGAGGAAAUGAGAAAGAAGUGAUAUCCGAAGUAUCGGCGUUUUGGUACAUAUGGGACUGAAAUUAAUAUGAUAUUACGUAC